AUGAGUGGAGGCAUUUUCGCGGCGUUCCGUCGCGAAAACACCUCGGACACUGUCGACACAUCGCUGAGCUCCGAUCACAGCCCCAACAUGUCUUCAGGACAAAAACGUGGACGAGAGGCGAACGACAUAGACGGCGAGAUCGAGAUUGAAGGGGCCAGCUCAGCACUCCGCCAUUUCAACCCCAAGCGAUCGCGCAUCCAACUCGCCACGGACCAUGACUCCGAACGUGACGAGGAGGAAGAUGAGGACCAAGGCUAUCAGAGCGCCGACACACUCUCCAUGCCGGAUGUGGGCGAUCUCGACGACGACGGCGAUGACGAUGACGGCGAUAUUGACGAGCUCCGUGCCACACAGAUUAUUGAGAGGCAGAUCAACCAGCACCGCGAGAACAUGGCCUCUGAAGCAGGGGUGAUCGAGGAGGUCUUCUGCCGGAACUUCAUGUGUCACACCAAGCUACGCAUCAGGUUUGGCCCAUUGAUCAACUUCAUCAUCGGCCACAACGGGAGCGGGAAGAGCGCUGUCCUCACUGCCUUGACUAUGUGUCUGGGUGGAUCUGCCAGGAACUCGAAUCGCGGAAAGAAACUGGAGAGUAUGAUCAAAGAGGGCGAAGAGAGUGGGUCGCUAGCGGUCAAGAUCAAGAAUCAAGGUGACGGUGCUUUUCGUCCUGAGCUGUACGGGGAUUCGAUCACGGUCGAGCGUCACUUCACGCGCGGUCGAGGGGGUGGCUACAAGAUCAAGAACGCCCAGGAUAAAGUCAUAGGCACCAAAUCGGCGGAUGUGCAGACCAUCUGUGAUUUCUUCGCCUUCCAGCUGGACAAUCCGAUCAACGUACUGAGUCAGGACAUGGCACGCCAAUUUCUUUCCAAUAGCACACCUUCCGACAAAUACAAGUUCUUUAUGCGCGGAACUCAGCUCGAGACGCUCGACCGCGACUACAACCAGAUGCAAGAGCUUCUGGAGCAGGUACAAAUCAAGCUGAGCAGCCGCAAGGAGGAUAUCGAUGUUUUGAACGAUCGCUUUACCAAGGCCGAGUCAAGGAAGCGCCGCCUCGACGAAGUCAGCAGGCUGGGAGAAAGGCUAGCGGAUCUGAAGAGACAGCAUGCGUGGAUCCAAGUCGGCGAGCAAGAAGACAUACUAGAGCGCUAUGUCAGAGAUCUAGGAGAGGGCGACCAAACUGUCCGAGAAAAGGAGGGAGCAGCGGAGACAGUGUCUGGAGCAUACGACGGCCACGACCAAGCUCAUGAAGCUGCCACGCGCCGACUCGACGACCUCAAAAACGAUCUCACUCCUAUACAAGAGCGCCGCAAUGCAGAAAAGGAGAAUCAUCGUGUCGCCAAAGCGACUAUGGAAGGGACACACCAUGAACAGGCGAUCAUCCGUGAACACUUGAAGAAGGCCAAGGCACUUAUGUUGAAGCUGGAGCAGGAUGUGGCUAACGAGACCGCACGUAUUGCUGGCGCAGAAGGAGCGGAGUACACUGCCCGACUGGGAAGAUUGGAUGAGCUCAAGGCGGUCGUCCAGGAGAAGAAGGUUGAGCAGAGCACACAUGCUGAGCAGCAGACUGGCUUCCUGCAAAACAAGGAGGAGGCGGCACAGUCGUACGAGUCUACUAGACAGCCAUUGGACAGGGAACGCGAUGCACAGAGAAACGCAGAACGUAGGCUGGCUGACUUGCAGCAGUCUCAAGGUCUUCCAUUCGCCGGAUAUCGACCGAACAUCGAGCAACUGGUGAAGGCUGUCAAUCAGGAGAGCCGGUGGCGACAGAAGCCAGUUGGCCCGAUGGGACGGCAUGUUAAGCUGCUAAAGCCGCAAUGGUCGUCACAGCUCGAGAAGACCUUUGGAGGUGUCCUGGAAUCGUUCAUCGUCACCAAUGCCGAAGAUCAGAAAAUGUUCCGCGAUCUAGCACGACGUGUGAAAUGUGAUGUGCCGGUUUACAUUGGCAAUGCCGAGCCUCUGGAUACCAGCGACAAGAUGCCCGAGGAUACCUCGCUCGACACGAUCUUGAGCGUCCUGACUAUUGAUAACGACCUCGUGCGGAACCAACUUAUCAUCAACCAAGCUAUUGAGCAGACAUUGCUGAUUGAGGGCCGCGAACAAGCUGGCCGCAUUCUAUAUUCUGGUGGUGCCAGGCCCCGCAAUGUUCGAGCUGCGAUCUCACUGGGUAACAAGAUUGGUGCUGGAGUCCGUCAAGAGUACACAAGGUCUGGGCAAGCCAAAUCGAGUUUCAUUGAGCCAUGGACUGGUCACGCACGGAUGCAGGUCGACAAGCAAGAGCAGAUCCAGCAUCAGCGUCACGUUGUGGAUCAGCACAAGAGAGCAUUCGACGUGGCUCAACGGGACAGCAACGAGAAGCGCGACGCGGUGGUCAAAGCCGACCAAGACUUAACGCGGUGGAGCCGAGAGGCCGCCAAGUUGAAGAGUAACGUUCAGCGAGCUGAAGACGCUGUCGAGGAGCAGGAUAACGAGAUUGAGAGCACACGUAUACAGGACGGAAAGCUACAGGAGCUACAGCGUCAGCUGGUCGAGGCGAAGGAAGAGAGGGAGGCCCACGAGCGCUCGUACGGAGACGUGGUCGUCCAGAAAGAUCUCCAGGGUGCUGCCAGGCAGGCUGCGAAAGCCAGUCUCGAUGUUGCAGAGCAAGAACUCAACGAGAAAGCUGCCCAUAUCGCUAAAGCCGAAGAACGUUCUGGAAGGCUGCACCACGAUCGUCACGAUGCAUUGCUCGCCAAGAAUCGCGCGUUGGAGGAGAUCGAUGCCGCGAAGGUCCGAGUUACCCAGCUUGAGAAGAGGCGCGAUGACCAGCAGGCAGUUGUGGAUGAAUUUAAUGCAAAGGCUUCUGAAAUCUCCAGGCGGGUGCCGAUCGACGAAGGUAUGACACCGCACAAGCUUGACGAGACCGUGGAGCGUGUCGAGAGGGAAGUCAAGAAUCAGGAGCGCCUCGCUGGUGGCACGAGGGAGGAAUUGACGUUGGCGUGGCAGAAGGCGAGAGAGGAAUAUGAGAAUGCUAAACAUGUCCUGAGUGAGAUGAAGCAGCUUGCUGAUCUCCUGGGCAAAGCCCUCAGUUACCGUCGAUAUCGAUGGGGCAUGUUCCGCAGGUACAUCGCCUACCGCGCCCGCACUAUGUUCAAAUACCUCCUCUCGGAACGCCAAUUCCGCGGCCACGUCGUCAUGUCCCACCCAGCCAAGACUCUCGACAUCGCUGUGGAGCCCGACAUGUCCAAGGCCUCAACCGAAGGCCGCGAAGCCCGCACCUUGUCGGGCGGCGAGAAGUCCUUCUCCACUAUCUGCCUACUGCUGUCCAUCUGGGAGGCCAUGGGUAGUCCCAUCCGAUGUCUGGAUGAGUUCGAUGUCUUCAUGGACUCGGUCAAUCGGGCUACGAGUAUGGGCAUGAUGAUCAAUGCGGCGAGGAGGAGUGUGGGGAGGCAGUUUGUGCUUAUUACGCCGCAGGCUAUGGGGAAUGUGGAAUUGGGGGAUGAUGUGCGGGUGCAUAAGAUGAGUGAUCCGGAGCGAGGACAGGGUGUUCUUCCUUUUACGCAGAGCUGA